AUGGCCAGUAAAGCGGCGCACAAGCGGUUGACGCGAGAGUACAAGUCCAUUACCGAGAAUCCUCCCCCAUACAUCACUGCCCACCCUUCCGAAUCCAACAUCCUCGAAUGGCACUACAUAAUCACAGGGCCUGAAGAUACGCCGUAUCACGGAGGCCAGUACUGGGGAACGCUCAUCUUCCCUCCAAACUACCCCUUCGCACCCCCAGCAAUCCGCAUGCACACCCCUUCGGGGCGAUUCCAGCCGUCAACCAGACUCUGCCUCUCCAUAUCCGACUUUCAUCCGAAAUCCUUUAAUCCAGCAUGGGAGGUGUCGACCAUCCUGAUCGGCCUCCUGUCGUUCAUGACUAGCGACGAGAUGACUACUGGUUCCGUCUCGGCGUCCAGCGCUGAGCGAAAGUUUCUGGCUUCGCGGUCGCGGUGGUGGAACUCUACUGGUGGUGGCUCUCAGGCAAGGGGAAACAUGGCCACCAAGGGCAACGUCAAGGCUGGAGAUGGCGGUGCCAAGUUCCGGUCGGAGUGGCCAGAGGUGGACCUCGAAAAUUGGGAGUGGAUGAGGAAACACAAGGUCGACCCAGUCACCGGCAACCGAGCAGACGGCGACAACGGCUCCUCUUGCGGGCCCCAGUUAGGCAUUGCCGCUUCGAGUAGUAACCAGGCUCAGGCUGUGGUGGACGCCGUUGUCCAGCAGCGGGAUGCCGGCCGAGGCUGGCUGUACCGGAACAAGCUGCUGGUUGCCGGUGCGGCGAUAUUCAUAUACGUGCUGAUUGCCAGGCUGGUGAGCGGCAACGAAACCCUGGCAUGA